AUGGGUAUCCCUAACCACGACUUGAACGCUCUCGAGCAGCGUCGCCUCACUCUAGAGGAUAAUAUACUUCAGCUCCAGAAGUCUCUGUACCACUGGCGCAACUGGGAAGCGGAAUACGACGGCUUUCGCGACGCGAUUAGCGAUCUCGACAAUGACGCCACCACGGACGAUUUCGUUAUCGCUGGCCGUGAACUUGGAGGCGAGCUAGUGACAGACGACGAAAUUCAAGCAAUUCUUGGAGGUAAACAAGGAAUUACGCGAACACGCAGACAGGUGAUCGAUCUUAUUGGAAGACGGAUUGACUAUGUCAAGCAAAACGUGGCUACCAUGGAGAAGAGACUGCGGGCUGCCGAAGAUGAAUUGUAUAAUGUGGACUCAAUUGAUGCUCCGGUUGAUGGUGGCGCAUUCGCUGUGAAGGAGAUCAUGGAAGAGCUGGACGAGGAGGGCAAUGUUGUCUCUAGCUCGAUUAAUACACCCGGUGAUCAAGCUUCGCAGCUCUUGGAGACCUUGAAGAAGGCCGGCGUGGAGGAUAUUCCCGAGAAUGUCACCACAAUCUCUACAUUGAAGGAUGCUCCUACUGGGACAACGCCAUCUGCGCCGGAGCAAAAAGUCGACAGAAUGGACACAGCCGAGGAUCGUUCUCAGCGAACAACUACCUCCACUAGUCAGCUUCCAAAAACUAGUAGCGCUCCUUCGCAGGAAGAGGAGAUUGAUCUCUCAAAACCCGUGUCCCUGGUGACAGCCGAAGACCGCGAGCAACCUCCGGUUACCGACAUCGAUGAGUCCAUUGAGGACGCCAAUCUUCGCCGGGAAAUGCUGCGAUACGGGAUUGAUGAGGUUGGCGCGAUUGUGGCAGAAUUGGAGCUUGAUGAAGAAGGAAGUGAAUUUUCCGUUGACGAGGAUGAAUAUGACUGGGAUGACGACGAGGAGAACGAAGAUGAGUUUGGCCGCUCGCAUACUGUUCUUUCCGACGAAUAUCAUAAGCAAAUGCGAGAACUGGAGGCCAAGCUUAAUGCGCGAGGGAUGUACAACAUGGGCAAGGACUCGGCAGGGUUCCCGGAGGACAUUCGAGAAGACCUCGAGAAGCCUCCCGCGGCAGCUGUCUCGCAGGAUGACCUUGGGAACUCCAAGAACCAAAAGCCCAAGAAGCGUGUCGCAUUUGCGGACGAUUUGGACAUUGCUCCCGCGCCUACAGUCCCGACUGCCGAGCCAAGGACUCUUCCACCGCAACCAGAUGUUCCAGUGCUCCUAGAUGCCAUCGUCGAACGUACAUCUGCCACUCAGGCAGCACCAGCAGCUGCGGAAGAACGCCCUAAGAAGGUUUCAAAGUUCAGGAGCGCUCGUACCUCAACUACUACCGAUGACCCGACCGGCUCGUCCAUUAUUCCUCCACCUACCUUCAAGCCAUCCAAGUUCGCCGAGGCUCGCGCACGGAAACAAGUCAACGCCGUCCCGUCAAACAAAACACCUGAACUAUUUCCUGCCACUCCCACGGAACCAAAGCCAUUCUCUGCGCCCAUCACAGUUCCUUGGGAGCCAGCCGUUCCUCAGCCCCCUGAAGGCAAGACUCUUGCUGACAAGCUUGUCGAGCGAGAAAUUACCCCUGGCGCAGCCGCACCGGAACCCGAUGAGCUUGACGAGUCAACCCACCGCCGUGAGAUUGCUUCCGAGUUUUACAAAGCUCGGAAUCGAAUGAUCCAUCAACAAGGUGGCUUCGUCAAUAAUGAGCAAGACAAUGAGCCCAUCGAAGAAGAGGGCCAGCCACGAAUCAGCAAGUUCAGAGCUGCUCGCAUGCGCUAA